AUGCCCCGCAGCACAGACGAAAAGAACUUGGGCGGCAAUCAACGCCUGGACGUUGAAGACACUCCUCCCAUCCACCGCCUCAUGGAGCAUACGAACAAUGCAGACCCGGAGAUUGUCGACUUUGAGGGACCCGAGGAUCCCGCGAAUCCCAUGAACUGGAGUCGCUGGAGGAAAGGGCUCACGAUCCUCGCCCUCUGUGGUCUAAGACUCGUAACUCCAUUCGCAACCUCUAUGAUGGCGCCUGCCAUCGUGGAGAUAAAAAAGGAUCUGAACUUCCAGAGCGACGAAGCCGCCUCGUUCUCUAUAUCAGCCUACGUUAUUGGCUUUGGUGUAGGUCCCAUAUUCCUCGCGCCCAUGUCUGAAAUCUAUGGGCGCACCAUUGUCUACCACAUCGGAAACCUGCUCUUUACGGCCUUCACGGUCGGCUGUGCUCUUUCGCAGAAUAUCGAAACGCUGAUAGUGUGCCGGAUUCUGGCUGGCCUCUGUGGCGGAGCGACCAUGACGAACCCAGGAGGAACCAUUGCAGAUAUGAUACCCGUCGGACGGCGAGGGGCCGUGCUCAGCAUUCUCGCCGGGGUUGAUGUGAUUUCUCCGGUGCUAGGUCCCAGUGCGGGUGGAUAUAUUGCGUCUGCUUGGGGCUGGAGAUGGAUGUUCUGGUUUCUGAGCAUUUUGAGCGGCUCGAUCGGCGUCUUCUCCGUUUUUGUCCUCCGCGAGACAUACGCUCCUGUAAUCCUUGCCAGGAAAGCAAAACGUCUUCGCGAGAGCACGGGGAAUGCGGACCUUCGCGUCCGAGGGCAAACGACCAAAUCCUUGGGGGUUCUACUCUCCCGGGCCUGCCUCCGCCCUCUCCGGAUCCUGAUCUUCAGUCCCAUCAUCCUGGCUCUUUCUCUCUAUAUGAGUCUCGUCUACGGCAUUAUUUACAUCCUCUUCACCACGAUUUCGGUGGUUUUCCAGGGUGUUUAUGGCUUCGACACCGGUAAUGCCGGUCUAACCUUCCUUGGGUUUGCCGCUGGAAUGGUCCUGUCCCUGAUGGUAGCGGGGUAUUUCAACGAUAGUAUUCACAAGAAGCUGAGCGCGAAGUACCACGAGGAAAAACCGGAAUUCCGUCUUCCCUUCCUCAUGGGUGGAGCACUCUUUCUCCCGAUUGGGAUGCUCCUCUAUGGUUGGUGUGUACACUACCGUGUUCACUGGAUCCUGCCUGUAAUUGGUACCAGUUUUGCAGGAGUCGGUGUGACAUUUUGUUUUGUCCCAACACAAGCCUACAUCAUCGAUGCCUUCCCUCUUCACUGUGCCAGCGCACUUGCCGGUAACAAUCUUCUCCGCAGCAUCAGCGGAGGUACCGUGCCGCUUGCUGGCCCAGCCCUCUACAGCAGAUUAGGCGUGGGGUGGGGUAACACCCUCCUGGCACUUCUUGCUGCCAUGUUCGGAGGGUUACCGAUCUUGUUCUACAAAUACGGAGAAAGACUACGCAAACGGUUUCCCGUUGACCUCAGUGACUAA